AUUGGAUGUGUCAAACCCAAGCUGAUUGAGUCUUUAACAGCAUUUUAGGUGCCGCAUGAAUCCCGUUUAUAAAACCACGCUGGAUUUUUUUCCUUUCGUUUGAAACCUUUCAUCUUAUCCAAUAUCUUCUUGAUGUCUGCUCGUAUCUUCACCACCGCUGCCCGUGCUGCUGCCCGUGCUGCUCAGCCUCGCGUUGCUAUGCAACUUGCUCGUCCCAUGUCUGUCUUGAGCAAGGCUGUCAAGAGCUCUGCCAUCAAGUCCACUAUCACCCAACAAGUCCGUGGUUACAAGACUCUUGACUUUGGUGGUACCAAGGAGACCGUCUACGAGCGUGCUGACGUUCCCAGAGAGAAGCUUCUCGAGACCUUCAAGGAUGACACCAUUGCCGUCCUUGGAUACGGUCCCCAAGGUCGUGGACAAGCUCUUAACCUCCGUGAUAACGGUGUCAACGUUAUCAUCGGUCAGCGUGAGGGUAAGACCUACCAACAGGCUAUCGAAGAAGGAUGGGUUCCCGGAAAGAACUUGUUCCCCAUCUUGGAAGCCACUGAGAAGGCUACCGUUGUCAUGAACUUGCUUUCUGAUGCUUUCCAAAAGGCCAUCUGGCCCGAUAUGCUUCCUCUCUUGACUCCCGGAAAGACCCUUUACUUCUCUCACGGUUUCUCCGUUGUCUACAAGGACCAGACUGGCAUUAUCCCCCCUAAGGAUGUCGAUGUUGUCUUGGUUGCCCCCAAGGGUUCCGGUUUCACUGUCCGUCGUCUUUUCCAAGAGGGCCGUGGUAUCAACUCCUCUUUCGCCGUUUUCCAAGAUGUCUCUGGCAAGGCCAAGGAGCGCACUAUCGCUCUUGGUGUCGGUAUCGGCUCUGGUUACAUGUAUGAGACCACCUUCUACAAGGAAGUCCACUCUGAUCUCGUCGGUGAGCGUGGUGUCUUGAUGGGUGCCAUCCAAGGUCUUUUCCAAGCUCAAUACGAAGUUUUGAGAGCCAACGGUCACUCCCCCUCUGAGGCUUUCAACGAGACUGUUGAAGAGGCUACUCAAUCCUUGUAUCCCCUCAUUGGUGAGAAGGGUCUCGCAUACAUGUUUGCCAACUGCUCCACAACCGCUCAACGCGGUGCUCUUGACUGGUGGAAGCCUUUCUACACUGCCUCUAAGCCGGUUUUCGAGGAUUUGUACGAAUCCACCAAGAACGGUUCCGAGACUGCUCGCUCCUUGGACCGCAACUCUGAGCCUGACUACAGAGAGAAGUUGGAGGCCGAACUUGCUGAGAUCAGCAACAGUGAAAUGUGGAGAGCUGGUGUCACUGUCCGAUCUCUUCGCCCUGAAAACCAGUAAAUCCUUCGUCGAUUUCUAGGAUUCCUUUUAUAAAAAAAAAGCAUUAUAGACACACUCUCUCGUCCACCCCUUCAUGCAACAAACGACUCCUGUAUAAUUUUUUUUUGUAAAUGACUAUAGUCUAUAGCUUAUUUUCAAUUCUCGCCUUAAAAAAAGUUUGUUUUUUCAGUACCA